AUGCCAUCCACAACCUCGACAAGGCCAACGAAACGCCUAGCCAUCUUCUGCGACGGAACGUGGGUCGGCCGCGAAACCGAAGUCGAAGAUGCACCACCAAGCAACAUCCGACAACUCGCAAAUAUGGUCGGUGAAGUGAAAUAUGUCACCGACGACAAAACAGCCGCAAAGGUUCAUCCCAUCAUACCUCACAAUACAACACCUAAAAAUUCUCCCUCGGACAUCAUCGCCGGUUACCAAGAAGGCGUCGGCCUGAACAAGACCUUUUUACAGUACAUCUGGGACGGCGCAACUGCCUCCACCAUCGGCGAAGAGUGCAUAGCCGCCUACCGCUUCAUAGUGGAAAACUACACUCCGGAUCACGAAAUCUGGCUCUUCGGCUUCAGCCGCGGCGCCUUUACCGUCCGCUGUGUGGCCGGCAUGAUCAACAACUGUGGCAUCAUAAAACGGCUUCCGGAAUACACAGACAUUGACGUUCAAAGGCUCUGUCACGAGGUCUUCAGAACAUACCGGAGUAACCUCCCCAUCGACGCACCCAAGAGCGAAGAAUGCCAGCGGUGGAAAGGACUCGAUGAUAAAGUCUGGCAAGUAAAACGGCCCAUUCGAUUCAUGGGUAUCAUUGACACCGUUGGUGCGCUGGGUAUUCCGAGACUCAACGCGGGAAUUGGGUUUGAUUGGAGCCCAUUUGAAUUUUUCGACCAGACUGUCGGUAGCGUCGUGCAGCAUGUCUACCAUGCGCCUUGUUUGCACGAUCGACUGUGGAUCUUCCAGCCUUGUCUGGUCUAUCCUAGUGAAAAGGGUGGCGAGGGCGAGGAAAAGGUUGUGGUGAAGCAGAAAUGGUUUCCAGGAACCCAUUAUGAUGUCGGUCGUAUGACUUUCCGCUUUGCACGCCAGAGCCCUGCAAAUUGGAUUGAAGAUGCGUUAGGCUGGGCUACAGACCUGCUUUCACGGACGAUUUAUCCGAAUGAGGUGCUUAGCGAUGCGGUAUUGAGGUGGCUGGUUCAGGGAGUACAGGAGGCUGACGAGGAUUCUGCGAAUCCGUUGAUGCCAAACACUGAUCAACACGUCGAGAGCCUCAGUAGCAGACUCGGAGAAUCUGCUGUGGCAUCCUCAACGGCAUCAGCUCCAGCCGCUCGAACAGGAAGCGGCGACAUCUACGGUGACGUUCUUGCUUACGCACCGGGCGGUAGGGUGUUCAGUGCUAUAAAGCGUACUUCUCAUUCCAUUACUGGACUACUGAAUGAUUUUAUCCCUCACCUUGGCGACAAUAUCCAAAGUUUGCUAGGGAUCAAGGCGCUUGUCGGUAUCUUGACUGCUACAGCUGAUCGUCGUAUACCAGGGACGGAAGCAGAUAUCUAUCCUUACAAAGAGUCUGAGACUGUGGUCGUGCAGGGGAGGGAAGUGACGUUUUCAGUCGAAGAGUUGGCAAGAUUGAAUGAGAAGAACGAGAGAGGCGUGUUACGGUAUCCGAGUCAGACGCUAGAGGCUCAUCAGCUUUGGAAACGUGUAUUUGGGAAGAAAGAGACGCAGUGA